GGGAGGUGCAGAGCUGUUCCUCGCCGUGAGCUGGGCUGCUGUGACAGGAGCCCCAGCUGCGAGUUCAGCAUGAUUUGUUGGUUCUCCUGUGCAGCCAGAGGCUCUCUGAACCCAGACUGGAACAAGUACGAUGACAGGCUGAUGAAGGCAGCCGAGAGGGGAGAUGUGGAGAAGGUUUCAUCCAUCCUGGCCAAGAAGGGGGUCAGCCCCACCAAGCUGGAUGUGGAAGGGAGAUCUGCAUUCCACGUUGUAGCCUCAAAGGGGAACCUGGACUGCUUGAACACCAUCCUGGUGCAUGGAGUUGAUAUCACAGCCACUGAUGCUGCAGGCAGAAACGCCCUGCACUUGGCUGCCAAGUAUGGCCACGCUCUGUGCUUGCAGAAGCUCUUGCAGUACAAUUGUCCAACAGAGAAUGUGGAUCUCCAGGGAAGAACUGCUCUUCAUGAUGCAGCCAUGUCUGACUGCUCUGCCAGUGUCCAGCUGCUCUGUGACCACGGCGCCGCUGUCAACUCCAAGGAUGGGGACGGGAGGACACCGCUGGUGCUGGCCACCCAGAUGUGCCGCCCCGCGCUCUGCCAGCUGCUGCUCGACAGGGGGGCCGAUGUCAACGCCAGGGACAAGCAGAGCAGGACUGCCCUGAUGCUGGGCUGUGAGUAUGGCUGCAGGGAUGCCGUGGAGGUGCUGCUCAGGAACGGGGCAGACGCCGCUCUGACCGACGGGCUGGGCCACGACUGCGCUUACUACGCCCGCAUUGGGGACAACACCGACAUCCUGGCUCUGGUCAAAGCUGCCCUCCAGGACCCCAGCAGAGGCAGAGCCAGCGUGAGGAGGGGGCAGGCAGAGCAGAAGGAUUUGGAGUUGGAAAACCAAGAUUUGAAAGAUCGAAUGAGGGAGGUGCAGGAGGAGCAGAGGAUGCUGCUGGACAGAAUCAGUGGCUUGCAGCUGCAGCUGAGUGAGGAGCAAAUGUUUGCAGCUGAUCUUGAGGAUGAGAAAGAUGAGCUGAAGAAAAUCCUGACUACCAAGGAAAAGCAGCAGGAGGAAAGUUUAAGGACUAUUGAAGCUCUCAAAGCUAAACUCAAGUAUUAUGAAGGUGACUCUGCGGGGUCUGGAGGUAACUUUGGAAACAGGAAAGAAGAUUUAUUGCUUAAACAAGGCCAAGGCUUUGCAGUGGAAUCCCAGUCCAGGUCUAUGCUGAGGCCCCUGGAGCUGUCCCUGCCUAGCCAGUCCCCCAGCUCAGAGAAGGAGACUUUAAAGAAAGAGCUGGAGAGCCUGAGGAGCUGCUUUGGGGCAGCCAAGGAGGAGAUCAGCAAGCUGCAGAGGGAGCUGUCCCUGAAAUGCUCAGAGUGCAGGGCUCUGGCCUCUGAGUGCCAGAGGACCAAGGCAGAGUCUGAUGGGCAGGUCAGGCAGCUGGAGGAUGCUCUGAAGGACGUGCAGAAGAGGAUGUUCGAGUCUGAGGGCAAAGUGAAGCAGAUGCAGAGCCACUUCCUCGCCCUCAAGGACCACCUGGCCAGCGAGGUGGCCUCAGGAAGCAGCAAGGUGACAGAGGAGCUCAAGGAGCAGCUCCAGGAGAUGAAAACCAAGUAUGAGGGAGCCUCUGCUGAGGUGGGGAAACUCAGGAACCAGAUCAAGCAGAACGAACUGCUGGUGGCAGAGUUCCAGAGGGACGAGGGCAGGCUGGUGGAGGAGAACAAGAAGUUGCAGAAGGAGCUUGUGAAGUUGGAGAUGGAGAGAGAGAAAAGGGGCAGGGAUGUCACAGAGUUGGAAGGGCAGCUCAGAGAGACUGCAGCCAAACUGGCCCAGUCUGUGAGCACAGAGCAGUUUGAGAACAUGAAGAGUUUGCUGUCGAGCGAGGUGAGUGAGAAAGCAAGGAGCUUAGCAGAGGUGCAGGGGCAGAGGGAGAAGCUGCAGGCAGAGGUGGGGCUUUUACAGAGGGAGUGUGAGAGCCAGAGAGCUCAGCUGGCACAGCUUGUGAGGCCAGAGGAGCACGAGCAGAUGAGGAGUGGGUUUGAGCAGAGGAAGGAGGAGCUGGGGAAGGCAAUUGCUGAGCUCUCAGAGAAGAAUGAGACUCUGCAGAAGGAGCUUGAAAGAUUGCAAGCUGAUAACAAGGUGCUGAAGCAGCAAGUCCAAAUGCUAAAAACUGAAAUUAAAAGCCAGAAUGUGCCUUUAAAAAUUCAUGAGGAGUUGAAGAAAACAAACGAUCUGGCUGUGGGUGACCUGACAAAAAAGCUUUUUGAAAUAACAAAGAAGUACAAUGAAAGCAAAGCAGAAGCUGAGAAGUUGCUGGCAGAGAAGAACUCCUUAAAUGAGAAUAUCAGCCACUUGCAAGCCGUGUACCUGUCUCCAGAGCAGCACGAGAAGGAGGUGGAAGCUUUAAAAUCGAGUGGGAUUGAGCUGGAAAAGCAGCUUGCUGAGCUUCAGAAGAAAUGUGACGAGGAGCAAGCCAAAGUGGGCAAGCUGCUGGCUGAGAACUCGGGCCUGAAGGAGACCCUGAGGGAUCAGUACGUGCUGGCCACCACACAUGAGGAGGUUAAAACUGUCCUGAACAGCACCCUGGAAAAAACCAAUGGGGAGCUGUCAGAUCUGAAGGGCAAAAUUGGAGAGAUAAAGCAAGAGUUCCUGAGGGUAACUGAAGAAAACGGAGCUUUGAAAAAUAAGGUGAAAGUCUUACAGAACCAAUUAAAAACGGAGUAUAUAAGUUUAAAAGAUCACGAGACCGCGGUAAACACUUUAAAUAAAAGCGUGCAGGAGCUGCAGGAGAACAAUGCUGCCAUCAGGGCAGAGCAGGAGAGGGGCCAGGAUGAAAUCUCCCAGCUGCAUGCGGAGAUUGAAGCCCAGAAGAAGGAGCUGGACACGAUUCAGGAGUGCAUCCAGUCCAAAUACGUGGUGCAGGACAGGGAGCAGAGCCUUGAGGCCACGGUGCAGGAGCUGAGGGCACAGCUGCAGGAGCAGCAGCAGAGGUGCAGGCACAGCCAGGAGGAGGCACAGAGGUGCAGGGAGGAGAACGAGAAGCUCAGGAGUGGGGUGGUGUCCAUCCAGCAGGACCUGCAGCAGAACCAGCUCCUGGCAGAGAGAUCCCGCCAGCUGGAGCAGCUGUGUGCCAGCAGGAUGGAGGAGCUCAACCAGCAGCUGAGGGCUCUGCUGAGGAAGCACAGGGGCCAGGAGGGGCAGGAGGAGCUGCCAGGGAGCCAGCAGGUCCUGGCAGGGCACGUGGAGGCUCUGGGGGAGGCUCUGGGUCGCACGGUGGAGGAGCUGCAGGAAGCCCUGAGCAGGAAGGAGGAGAGCUAUGGGGAGGAGCUGCUCCGGAUCAGGGAGCUGCAGCAGGAGCUGGCUGGGCUGAAGGAGUCCUCAGUGCCCCUGGUGGAAUACACCCAGCUGAAGGAAGGGCUGGAAGGAGAAAUCUCUGCUGUUAAAUGCAGCCUGCAGCAGAAGGAGGCAGAGAGCAGGGCCAGGAGCCAGGAGGUGCUGAGGCUGCAGGAGGAGCUGCAGCUGAGCCAGCAGCAGGUGGCAGAGCUGCAGAGCCAGCAGCAGGUGGCCAGGGCAGAGUACAGCUCCAUGAAGAGUGCCCUGGAGGCCCAGGUGAGCAGCAUGGCUGGCCACUUGGCCAGCGUGAGCCACAGGUACGAGCAGGCCUGCCAGGAGGCUGAGCAGGCCAGGAGGAGCCAGCUGAGCCUCAGGGAUGAGAAGGAGCAGCUGCAGCUGCGCAGCUGCAGCAUCGAGCAGGAGAUCAAGGACCAGAAGGAGAGGUGUGACAAGUCGCUGACAACCAUCCUGGACCUGCAGAAGAGGAUCCAGGAGUCUGCAAAGCAGGUGGAAGCCAAGGACAACAAGAUCACAGAGCUGCUGAACGACGUGGAGAGGCUGAAGCAGGCUCUCAACGGGCUGUCCCAGCUGACUUACACCACUGGGAUCCCCUCCAAGAGGCACAGCCAGCAGGUGGAACUGCUCCAGAGCCAAGUGAAAACACUCCAGCAGCAGCUGGCUGACGCCAAGCAGCAGCACCAGGAGGUGAUCUCAGUGUACAGGACUCACCUGCUCAGCGCUGUCCAGGGCCACAUGGAUGAAGAUGUGCAGGCUGCCCUGCUGCAGAUCAUCCAGAUGAGGCAGGGCCUGGUGUGCUGACCUGCUGCUGGGACACACAACUCCAGAGCUGAUAUUAAAUCACUGAUGGUGAUAAAGCUGCAAUUACAGCCUCCCAGCAACUCCAAGCUGAAGCUUUUUCUUCCCAUAAAACACUAAGCCAGGGCUGUGGUGUUUCAGGCCUGACACUCUUUUCAUGAGAUGGAUAAAAGGUUUAGAACAUCUUUUAAAACUGUCAAAAUGAUGACAUAGGGGUUAAAUUAUUUUAAUGUCUGAUUGACCACUUACUAAAGCAGGACCUACACCCAGAUGCUCCAGUUGAUCCUUGAACUUGAACUCUCACGGGAUGGUUAAAAAUAAACUGCAGAGGAGUGUGGCUGAGGGUUGCAGCUGUGGGUGUCCCUUAAUGAUCAGGAGAAAGUGGCUCAUUUGUCACACUGGCUGAGCAGGAUGUGCUGUGACACACACAGGAAGCUCUUUUGGUGUCUCUUGUAACUUGGCUGGCCAAGUUACAGCCUUUAUUUAAUAUAUAAGCUGAAGAUUUAGUGCCUUUGCUUCUACAAGACUUCAAAAAAAAAUCAGGUUUUCCAUCCAAACACUAAAGUCCCUCCCUUCAAUUGUUCCUGGGUGCUUCAGCCCUGACUGCUGCAGGCUGGAGCAGCUGGAUCCCAGUGCCAGGGGCAGGAUUUCAUUCCUCCUCAGGGAGGAUUCCUGCUCACUGAGGCUGCCCAGGCACUGGAUUUUCAAACACCAGCUCAUGGGAGCCUGAGCUGAUGUGCUUCAGUCUUUUUUUAUGGGGGAAGAUGUCAGUAGGGGAGGAUUAAUGAGAGUUUUUAAUUGCUGGGAUCUCCCCAUGAAACAAGGCUUCAUUUUUAACUGAAGGAUGGUUUCCAUAAGGCAGUUUUGUGUAAAAACCAAAGCAUGAAAUCUGUUACAAAGGGAGGUCUGAAAAACGAGCCUGGUAACAAAUGGGGCUGUUCAAAGUGAGCACACUGAGUGCUGACCUCAGUCUGCUUUUGAAAAGCUUCUGCUGAUACCCACCGAGGGCAGUGGGGCAUCCUGAUGCACAAAAGCCAAACUUCCUCUCCAGAUUGCUGAAAAAUGAGGGCUGGAGUCAGAGUUCCCUGCUUUGGGUUGUUUGGGCUCCCCCAGCUGCCCCUCCAGGCCUUGGGCUCCUUUUUUUACAGCAGAGUUGUGUUUAUCUCCCUUUUUUUCUCCCUUUUUGGGCAGAGUCUUGUAGGAUUGAAGAGGCCACGUGGAGGCUCCAGACAGUGAUGGAUGUGCAGGGCAGUUUUUAUAUAGAAAUACCUUUAAUAUAUUUACUAAAUCCAUGUCUGUAGUAAAACAGACCUGCUGCUGCUUUCCUUUAGUUUCUUAGAGGAUUAUUACAGAAAACAUCUCAGAGUAAAGAGUUUCUUUUUAGCCAGAUAUCUUUUAUGAUUGCAUUACUUGAAACUUCUUGGAGAGGAUUUGUUUUGUUGUACUAACUGGCCUGUUCUGAUACUGUAUUUCCUUACCCAGGGACUUCUAGGUAUGUUUUUCUAAAUCUCUCCUAUAUUAU